UCCUCCCGACCAUGCCCGAGCCCGCCAAGUCCGCCCCCGCCCCGAAGAAGGGCUCCAAGAAGGCGGUGACCAAGGCGCAGAAGAAGGACGGCAAGAAGCGCAAGCGCAGCCGCAAGGAGAGCUACUCGGUGUACGUGUACAAGGUGCUGAAGCAGGUGCACCCCGACACGGGCAUCUCGUCCAAGGCCAUGGGCAUCAUGAACUCGUUCGUCAACGACAUCUUCGAGCGCAUCGCAGGCGAGGCAUCACGCCUGGCGCAUUACAACAAGCGCUCAACCAUCACGUCCCGGGAGAUCCAGACGGCCGUGCGCAUGCUGCUGCCCGGCGAGCUGGCCAAGCACGCCGUGUCCGAGGGCACCAAGGCCGUCACCAAGUACACCAGCUCCAAGUGAACUUGCCAAGUGAUGAACGUGGAAAGGAAGGUGGGGAGGAGCGAGCUGCUCUCAGCCUCCACGUCCUCCCCCAAAGCCCGUCGAGUGGACACCCAGCUCUGCAAGAGGAAUCGGGCUCCACACGAGGAAACUCUGCGGUUUGGAAACUCCGGCGUCCGCAUUAAAAGCCAUGCAGUGAGGACUGUGACCGAAGACCAGCACUCUGAGGAAUCCGAAGGCUUGAGUCCCAUCCACCACUCACCCCAGCGGCAACCGCCACUCCUUUCUGGCUAUUUUACCAGAUUGUCUCAUCUUUUAAAAUAAGUAUUGUGCUCUUUCAAUAAAAGCCUUCCUGUAGGAUCUGU